AGUCGGCUGCCGCCGCGAGGCAGAACGUGCGGACCUAGCAGAUGAAACGGAAGGGUACCGUCACUAUUACACCAGAUCUCGAGGAGUGAAGACAGUCUUUCUUGUCUAAGCUCAGUCGAGGUAUGUUUUACUCUCGCGUUGUUUUACUUUCGUCUUUUCCUGAUGUGUGAUAACCUUACCAAAGAGGGUAAUCGCGAGACGUAACGUGUUACAACAUCGACCGUGUGCGUAUAUGAGAAUUCGAAGGAACGGAGAAACGCAACGACGAAGGGGGAGUAGUCAGUUUCCCUGAUCUAUUCCCUCUCGCGCGAGUAUUUCGUUGGUGCUCGGUGUUAAGAGGAAAGCGAACUGACAUUUUUGCCGAUAGGACUCACUCAGUGCAUUGUAUGUCGUACGAUUAAUCAGAGAGGACAUUGAACCUUUGUGCCAUCGUUUCUGAACUGUCAUAGGCGCCUCUCGGUGGAGAUCGCGCCAUCGUAUUAUCUCUCGCACUUCGAUAAUCGAACAAAUUUCGAUCGUCCCACUCAUGGAAAGUGAUCCAUUCGAGGAUCCACCUUACAGACGUUUCAGACGACGUGAUUAAGAAGCAAUACGCGUCGAACAGAGAAAAAGUUCUGAGAGACUGAUCGCGUGGACGGUCGAUCGUGCGCAUAUUCGUUUGGCCGAUCGUUACAGAUCCGCGCGUUACCGAUUCUCGUCGACUGGUUGACGCGUUCCACGCUAGGCCACGUGCGUUUUCUCCAUGGACAAUCCGGUGAUGACGAUAGAGUCUUCGUAACCGCGCUGACGAACAUUGAGCGUGCGCCGUCGAGACCCGAAGUCACGUGUGUCGCCACGAAAUUACGUUCUGUGUCGAACUUGGCGGAAAAUUCGUGUGCUCGCGAUCCUCCUUGACUCUUGAAUCGCCGAUAUCGUUCGAUUUCACGGCGGCGAUUCUGUGCGUGCGAUCGUAAGAGAGAAGCGGCAAACGUAAAAAUCGUAUAAAGAAAAAAAGCGCAAAAUAUCAAAAGUGCUAGUGCUUGAUCCACGAACAUUGAUUCGAUUACAGUGUCGAGACGAACAGAGAGCAGCAUCUAACAGUGCAUCAGCCACGAUCAAGAAAUGGCGAUUCCAUUUGUAAUGCCGUCCGACGACGAAGCAGGAGACCAGGGACAGCGGUUAGAACAACUGAUGCUUGAUCUAUACGCCGCUUUGCAACAGGUCCUCCGAAGCCGGGCCGCUCAGCAUGCAUCACGCAAUCAUCGAUUACCGCGACGAGCGGGCGACAAUCGGCAACCGGUGAUCCUUGUGGACUCGGACCUGUCCCGCAUGCCGCUGCCGGAUCUGGUGCUGUACGCAGUGGAGCAACUUCCGCCAGCGUCGCCGCAGGUGACCGUGUCCGCGCCUAGCAGUCCGACCAGGGACGUGGCAUUCCAGUUUCCGGAGUGCAGCAGCACCGGGAGCGAUCAGGCACCGGUGCCAAGCCCGAGGCCACGUCCGCGAAGACGCAGGCUUGCCUCCGAGGGUUGCGGCGCCUCCGCCAUGAAGAAGGGGCCCGUUGUCGAGCCAAUUUGCAACAGCUGCUGCGGCCACUUUGGACACGGUUUCAGCGGAAGACAAUGGGUGAACCCCGCCGAGAUCGGCAAGACUCGAUUGCCCGCGAACCCAGUGUUCGAGGACACCAACAACGCGAACGAGUCCAGCGACGGUAUCCUGUCGUUCUUUCCAGCCGCCCUCCGCGAGACACUGUGGACAACGAUGGCUCUGUACCUCGGUUGGCGGCUGGUCUCUCGUCUUCGAUAGAUGCGACAGAACGGUCGCGUCGUCGUCACGACGAGCGACUGCUCGGUCCCAAGCACCCGCAGAACAACCACCCACGCUUGGAACCACGUCAAGGACAGCCAGUACUACGAGCCGCUGUUUGGUAACCCAGAAACUGUUCCUUCCUCGCUCGUUGCACGCUCAACGUGCGCCCAACGGAUACCAUCGUUCUACGGUACCUAUUACUCCAAUAUCAUAAGACCGACGAUGGCUAACCAGCAGGAAGAAUUCUGUCUGGAUGGCUCCUGCUGGACGUCCUACCAGCGCGAUAUGUUGUACGAUCUAUUUUCUAUGUAUGCGUGUCUUACGCCGUCCGUAAUCGAGAAUGCACUGGCGUUGUAUCGUCCUUAUCUUGUCGACGGUGAUAUUUUGAAUAAGGACGAUUACGACGAUGAUGAUGAGGAGGAGGAGGACGAGGAGGAGGAGGAGGAGGAAGAGGAGGAGGAGGAAUACGGAUGCGAAGGUAUCGAUAGCGGUAUUGACGACGGUGACGACGAGAAUGACAAGGGCGGAGCUUGUCAGCUCGUUGUUUGUCAAGGAGUCAGAGUUACCUGAAGCGAAGUACCAUUUCGAUGUUUGUGUCCGGUGUUUGUUGUUCGACGAUAAUUCGAUGUAAAAGAAAGGGUACGCGACGCGACGUAUAUAUAGCUAUUGUAGCUUCUGGCCUCGACGACAACGACGACAACGACGUUGAGAGACUCGCGUCGCGAACCUCGUUUCUUUUUAUUCGUGUAGCGCAUCGAUGUUGAUCUAGCUCGUAGUAGUUACUCGUAGAUCAUUAGUUAGCGUGAUCUUUGCGCGAUCGGUUCGACGUAACAUCGAUCUCCAUGGUGCAUUCUCGGUCGCGGCGGUGCGUUUAUCGAUUACACCGACUUGUUCGUUCGAUCGCGCCGAUCGUGUCGCCUUCCGGUUUCGUUGCAUGACGAAAAAUUAAGGGGAGGGGGAAAACACAUGAGAGACGCGUCACACCGUGUGUGUUCUCGAUUGACGACGAAGGUGACGAUCGAAUUGUGACACACUGGUCUAGAUGAGGAUGAUGGGGAGUCAAGAACGAGAUCCAAAGAGGAUUUAACCGAAUAAUCAAAUGAUGAUCUCAUUACGGAUAUAACAUAAACAGAAUUAAAUAAAGUAGUGCGAUCACGGGAACGGGACAAGAGCCGAGCAGCUUCGUUCUUUCUCUCUUUUUUUUUUUUGUCUUCUACGUCUGUGUUUUAUCAUUUCAUUUUCUAAUUGUGGAUUUGUUGUCUGUUUUCUUUUUUUUUCCCCCCCCUUCUUUUUCGUUAUUUUCCGAAGCGAGACACCACUUUGUCCCGUUCCCAUCGGUAGGAAGUAUUUUGACGUGGCUUGUAGAUAACGCGGUUACCUAGCCGAUACAGGCAAGACAGAACUCUAUCUGGGAUAUAAUGAUAUAUGUACCAUGCUAUAUCGUCCCGCGAACGAUCGACGAUCCUUGACGAGAAA